AUGUAUGUGAAAUGCUUUGAUACAGAAAUGUUUUACUAUGUGAUUUUAGUGAAUGUCAUUUUAAAAUUUCCCGCCGUUCCCUCCCCCGUACGUCCCGACAUCGCAGGGGAUGGAACCCAGAAGAUAGAUGCUGGCAUCCACUGGAUUACAUUGCCGGGACACUGCAGGAGGGACAUCGCAGGAGCGCAGGACAAGGUAAGUGAUCGAGGGAUCGCAGAGCAGCGCCGCAUGGUAAGCCCGAGUGUAGCUCAGGGUUACCACUUGUGCUACACUCGGGAAUACCUCCAGGGGGGU